UGCUUUUAAUUAACUUAGGUUUUUUUUUACCUCUGUGAUGAUGGCUAUGAAAAAAGUUUUGAAUUUGUGUGAUAAACACGGCUUUGUGAAACCUGUCUGGAAAGGUGCCGAGGUUUCAUCCUUGAAAUUUGGACCCAUUGGGGAGUUUUUAGUUAAUAAUGUGAGGCAAGAGUGGUAUCUUGGCAAUGUCAUAGAUAGGAAUGAUAAUGUUUUUCCUAUCCAUUCACAUGCUUCACAAUUAAGUGGUUUAGGCAUUGAAGAGCCUUUCUGCCAAAUUAAGAGUUUGUGUCAAGGUGUUUUGCCUUUUGGGAUUGCACAGACAAUAUGUGAUGGUACUCUCAUUCAUAAGCAAAUCAAUGACACUACACCACCUCAUGCUGCAUUUAAUCCGUCUCAUAGAACUUGCUUGCGGUCUCUCUUAUUUGUGUCACCAACUGAUGGACGUCAGAAAUUCUAUACUUGGCAGCAGAAGCGAAAGAUGUGGUGGAGAAAGUUUUCAUCUCAUCCUGGACGCUUCUCACUUUCCGACAUUAUAGAAACUCGCUCAGAGGAUAAAAAUGUUGAUGGAAAUGACCUUAGAGUCAACAUACUUGCUGAGUUUGAUUGGGGACCUACAAUUGUUGAGACUGUUCAUCUUUCCUCUCUAAGUUCUUCCCAGCUUUCUAAUGAACAAUUGGAGGCUUUGAAGGUAAAACAGGGGCACAAGCACGUUCUUCCAGAUGUAGUGGAAUGCAUUUUGUCCCUGGAAGUGGCAUCACUUGCAUUCUUAUGCGAUGCCUUCUCAGAAAGUUCAAAGAGACUAUUAUUAAGACUCCAUCGACGACUUGCUCCAUUAAAAGUUGGAUUUGUUGUGAACCUUUCAGAUUCAUCUGUUUCUGAUAGACUGCUAGAAGUGGCAAAACAUCUAUCACUUUCGUUGCGCCAGAAAGCAGUCAGCACAUUAAUGCUACCUGAUAUCAUCAAAAAAUCUCAAGACCUUCAGAUUAAUAGAAAUGAUGAGAUGGGUAUACCUUUCACAAUUAUACUAUCAGAUUCUACUCUGAACGAUGGUAUUAUCCAUUUGUACAGCAGGGAAACAACAUUAAAGGAACAGGUCCACAUUAGUAAAGUUCCUGAUUAUGUGAAGCUUCUGGUGAAGAACUUUUAGGGGAACAUAAAAUGAGGAUAGAUAUGGUAGAUACGAGAGAAUUGCAUUGAAUUUACACGCCUUCAAAAUGCUAAAGAAGAAUGAAACUGAUGCAAGUGUGGACUUAUCAAGAAAUAAAUAAUGUAUAGAUAAAAUGCUCUUUAUUCAAACUGAACGUUUCAUUGGAAAUACAACUGAGCCAUGAA